AUGGAAGGCCAAAACGCUCCAUUCCGUGUCAAACUCCCAUCUAGACCGAGCAACGAGCAACGCGUCUACCAUGCCCGUCGGGCCCAUCGCAAGUCGCGUGAGGGCUGUGCAAAGUGCAAGCAGCGACGAGUCAAGUGCGAUGAAACGCGCCCCCGCUGCCAGAAAUGCGAGCGACUCGGCCUCGACUGCACUUACGAAGCGAUCCUCCCUGCAGGCUGCGGGAAAGUGAAGAAACGGGACAACAACGAUACGCUUAUUGCACAAUUCCUCGAUCGAGUUCCCGUAAUUACACCUGAUAGUACGGCGCAUUCUCUCGCCAUCCGUGCGGUUGCGAUGCAGGUCGAUAACGUACUCGAGCUCAAGCAAGUGAGAUUCAAGGAGUGCUUUAGUAAUUUGGAUACGUUGCGCCAUUUUCAGGAUACAAUUACGCCGACGAUUAUCAGUCAUUCGGGGAGAGAGAUUAUGCGUGGGAAGAUGAUUCGGUUGGCGUUGGAGUCGCCGUAUCUAAUGCAUAGUAUAAUUGCUGUUGCAGUCGCGCACCUCCGCAACACCCUCCCAGAUAACGAUACAAGUCUAGAUAAAUACAGCAUGCUUGAAGCGCACCACUGGCACCACGCGAUAAGACAGUACAGCACAGAGCUUCAAGGUCCCAUCAGCCCUGAAAACAUGGACGCGAUGUUCUCCGCCUGUCUCCUAAUGACCGUGAACUCCUUCUCAAUGGAGGAGUAUAACCCGCGCAAAUCGUUCGUGUUCUCGCCGAACCCUGCAGAAUCACUGAAUUGGCUAUUUGUCCAGUCUGGCCUGCGCCAUUUACUUGGCCAUGCUAAGCCCUGGUUGCGGAAAAGUAUGUGGUUCGAUAUGUUCAUGGAGUCCCGGGACGAGCUUUUUGAAGAUACCCGCCCUGGAAGAGUGGGCCUACACCCCGAGCUUGCAGACCUAUGCGGCAUAACCGAGUCCUCAACGGAAGAGAACAACCCAUAUCUUUGGCCACUACGAAUGCUAUCGCCGAUCCUGAGGCUCGAGCCGUCGGCGAAGUCGUUCCCGCGGAUAACGACAUUCAUGGGGCGCCUUCUACCAUCUUACUAUGAACACUUGAUAGCAAAAGACCCGCCUGCUUUGAUAAUUCUCAGCUGGUGGUUGGUGCUAAUGCAGAAAUGCAACUUAUGGUGGGUGCAGAACCGCGCCAAGUCUGAAUGUGCCGCUAUUUGCAUGUACCUAGAAGACAGCUGCGAUCCGCUCGUCCUGCAGCUCCUAGAGUUCCCUGCUGAAGCGUGCGGGUAUCUCCUUCAGCAUGUUCAAUUGGAAAUCGCCUUCGGAAAUCCGCAUCCUGAUUUCGCACUGGAUCCUUUCAAUCCUUUACAGAGCGUCUCCGAACCAUCUAUUGAGGGGGAAGUAGUUGAUAUUUCUGAUGGUGUCCUGAUUUAA